UGUGUUUUAACUGAUGGAUCGUAUCAAUGCGAAUGCAGAAAUGGUUGGAUUAAAAACCCAGGCAACUCAUCAGAUUGUAUUGAUGUAGACGAAUGUUUCCUAGAAAAUGCAGGAUGCGCACAAUUAUGCAUUAAUAGUGAAGGAUCAUAUCAAUGUGAUUGUAAAGUUGGAUGGACUGUAGACCCAAGUAACACCUCCGAUUGCGUAGAUAUAAACGAAUGUAUCAAUAAUAAUGGUGGCUGUGUUGAUACCGAAUGUUACAAUACUGAAGGAUCCUAUUAUUGUGUAAAGAAAUGUGAU